UCUGUUUUCAAUUUCUGUUGAUUUUUGUUGAUUGUUGCUGAUGUGUCUUGAUGAACAGAUUAAGUAAAUUGUUUAAUCGUUUUCUAUUUUUAAAUAAACAAUUUAAGAUAAUGAGUGAAUCAUCUGCGUCCAGUAAUUUGCCUUCAGGUGAAUUUAAGGUUAAUAAAGAAGAGUUGAAAAGUCGACUAAGUGAAAUUCAAUAUAGAGUAACUCAGGAAAAAGAUACUGAGUUACCUUUUUCUGGUGAAUAUUUGAAAUUAAAAGAAAAUGGUAAUUAUCAUUGUCUAGUUUGUGAUGCUGAUCUUUUCCCUUCAAGUACUAAAUAUGAUUCAGGUUGUGGUUGGCCGGCGUUUUUUGAUGUCAAUAAGUUUGCUGUUAAAUUGACACCAGAUAAUUCACUUGGUAUGAAAAGGAUUGAGGUUACCUGUUCAAAAUGUGAUUCUCAUCUUGGUCAUUUGUUUAAUGAUGGACCUAAACCGACAUCUCAACGUUAUUGUAUUAAUUCAGCUUCAUUGAAGUUUAAGAAAAAGUGAUUAACCAGAACAAAAAAAGGGAAAACAAAAAGAAUGGAAAACAAUCUUAUCGGCAAUAUUUUCCUUCAUCAUUUUAAAAAGUUUCAAAUCCAAAUUCAUCGACUCAAUCGAUUGGCAAUCAAAUUAAAAUAAACAAAAAUCGCUCACUUUUGGCCUGAUAUAAUCAAUUUAGAUCCAGUUUACCUGUUAUUUUGCCUAGUUGAUAUCUAAUUGUUCAAUUGGAUGAACGUUGAUUGCAAUUGAUUGUAACCAAAUGCAAUAAAAUUGAUAAUAACGAAAAACAAAA